CUGACUCUCGUUAUCCUUUGCUUUCAGAGAAUGUGUGCUUUAACAAAGAUGCCAGAAUAUCGUAAAAAAUACAAAACAACAGAAAUGGCUGCUGCGAUUGGUAUAUGUGAGGAUAUGAAGUACAACUUAGCACAAUGCAGAUACUUUCUUUUACCGUGGCUAUCUUUUCGAAAAUAUAUGCUUUAUGUUUUCGACAUGCGGGAAAAAAUGCUCAUCAUGAUUGACCCUAGACCUCUUGAAGAGUGGUGUAAAGACACACCAGCGCUUAUGUAUGCCAAAUACACUCUUGGAUUUAGCUACAACUACACAACCGCAGUUAAUAAAUAUAUUCCUGGAUGGGAUGAGGAUGUUUGCAAAUGGAAAUUUAAACGGGCAGAAAACAUUGCAGAGGACAUAGAUGGGUACUUAAGUGGAUUUCUCGUCCUACAGUAUAUGUCUGCAUGGAAUAGACCACAAGCCACACACAUUUAUACCGAUGGUAUGGAGAUGCGGCGAAACUUAUUUGUGUAUUUACUAGCGCACGAAAGAAAUGGAUAUCGAAGAUUUCUUCCUGCCGAUAUUAAACAUUAUUUUGGUCGUAUCACCGAAAGGUCUAUAAAGUAGAAUUUAUGAACUUAUAACAUCAUGCUCUCCGUGACUAUGUUUGAGUUCAGAAACUUUGCUUCUUUAAGAUAAAUAUCACUUUAUA